CCACUGCGUCACUUAUUAGACCACUGAACCCCACACGCAAGGUAAUUGGCGGUGCCCACUGCAUGCGCUGCUGUCCGUUUGGGUUACUGGACUCGUAUUGACUAUACACGAGCUUUCGCAUGGGCUGAUCAGAGAUCGAGAAUGCACACGCGGCCAACGUGGACACGAAGGGCCACGGACUGACUCGCGAAGAUUUAUCACCCCACCCACAGAACGAUCGAACCCGCCGAAUUUGAAACUACCGACGGCAUCCGCGACGCUCGCCAUAUUACUAUAGGCCUACUACGUUCAAACGUUAUCUGAACUCGCUUGACUGCACCGGUUUCGUUUAUCUGUUCGCACCUGCGGUCGAAUUUCUCAUCCAUUAGAGACACACUAUGAGAAGAGGCAAACUCGAACUGGCAUCGGUCCACAGUCUGAAGUGUUAAGAUUUCACCAUCGCGUUUGGGGGUAAGGACGGUUCACAAGUCAGGAUCAUAAUUAGUAACAACGUUGAGAGAUUUCCGAAAUCUUGGGGCGUAGAAUUGCCUCUGGAAAGCGGCUCUGGAAGGAACAAGCCCGAAAAUGACACUGCCUUCAAAUGGCUGUAGACAACAGAAAGAGGUCCUCAACCUGUUCAACAUGGCUCCCCUGAACUAUCCCACGGCCGCCGUCCUCCUGCUGUGCUGCGCCCUGUGCCUGGAUCUGCUCCCGCAGAAAGUCAGCGGCGGGAGAGGGGCGCCGGUAAGCACGUGUGCGGCGGGGGUCCGCUCGAUCGGAGUCCAGGAGGAGUUCCUAGACGAAGACCGAGGGGAGGUGGUCUACUGCAGGGGGACAGCCACCGUCAGGCAUUGCGAAGGGCAGUGCAUUUCCAAAUCUGUACCACGUCUUUCUGAAGCAACGGGAUUUCAUUUGAAUUGCACUUGCUGCCGAGAAGAAAGGUUGGUACCCCAGGAGAUGAUAUUGACCGACUGCUACGAUGUGUCUGGGAACGCUCUCAUGGGCCGAAGUUAUCCGGUGCACAUUCCGGAGCCAGACUCCUGCGGCUGCAAAAAAUGCACACUUUAACGCCGUAUACGUUAAUGCAGGAGAAACUCGCUACAGAAAAUGACCACGAUCUGCUCAUUUAUGAGAAAAAUCAGUUUUUUUCUUAGUUUCAGGCACUGUGAUAAAAUGUAUGCAGAGUUAGGUAGCUAAUCUGUCAGCUACCAGUCGACUUUUUCCCCGCGGUAAAAUUUGGUUUUCAACUCAAUGUUUAUACAGGCUUACAUCAAAACACAAGUUGACUGAGGCAUAUUUGGACUAAAUUUGCCAGAGUGCAAAAAGGGAGAUCUUGUUUAGCAUCACCAAGUGGCACAAUAUAAAAAACCCUCUUACUUGAAAGCUGAAAUUGAUUGCAGGGUAAAAGAUAUGCAUUUUGUCACAGCCAGUUGUGUUUGGAAAAGGAAAACAGAGAUGAAUGAAAAUAAAAAAAUAACAAAAUUAUACAGAAUGUAAACACAUUUGACGUCUAAAGCACAGGAAUUGAUGUUGCUGGAUGGAAAAAAGUUAUCACCUUUGAAGGAGAGAGGGUGCAUCCAUUUCACACCGAAACGAAUUUCGAACAUUACGAAACUGGGCGAGGGAUAAGCAGAUUGUAUGAAUAGUCUUUCGGGCGAAAACGGGCCAAUGUACCUCGAAUGAAGGAACGUAGUUAUACCGCAAAAUGUAUAUCACCGAACUGGUACAGAUUAGCCUCUGAAUGUCUAUCGUCUUUCCUGUAAUAUUUUUCUAACCCUACCGUUAUUUAUAGCUUAUUUAUUGUUUAUGAGAAAGGUAGACGUAAAGAAACUGUAGCGUAGCGUACAUAUUUAACUGGUAUUUAAGUGUAUUAAAAUUACAUAUUCAGUUUAUCGAAUCGUGUUGAUAAACUUGGGACUUGGGAAUAAAAGCAGCUUGAAAAGAUGAGAGAGAGAGACAGAGGGUAAAGAGAGAAUAGAUUAGGAGUGGACAACCUCUGUAUUGCAAAUGUAACCUGUUUGCCACGUUGGGUUGGGGUGUUCCUGGAUACGCGCCACUGAACUGUAACAAUAGGUGACCAACAUCUAUGACAAUAUGGAUGUACAGUUGGCUGUAAGGGACAUAUUUUUGACAUGACAUAUUGGACAUUUUUUGACAUUUUGGACAUGUUUAGAAACAAAUUGAAGCAAUACGAUUUCAAAACAGCCCGUCUGAGUUUGGGAGUCUGAAAAAGAUUGUCUACAAAUUUCAUGAUACAUUUCCAAAGAGUGACAAGAGAAGUGAAAUUCCAAACUUAACAUUUUGCACGAUGUGAUUUCUGAGAGAAGUGGGCAAUUUGAAAUAUUUCCAUCCCUGGUCAAGUGUGAUCCGACACCCAUCAGUCAACUUUUGCCCGGAACCCGGGAUUCCUUUUGAGGGUAGGUUAACCGGCAAAUACGGCUAGUAGUGGCUAACCGAUACUGAUUAAACUUGGGUGUCAGAGUGAGUGUCGUAGCGUUGAAAGAAGGCAUGGAAGAAACUGCGAACCAGGAACAUUUUGGUUGAGUGGACACACGAGGUGGAGGAAGGCGAACGGUCCAAACGGUGACAAGGGCGAAAACAAGGAAGAGUGUAAAGGUUUAUUAGAGAAAUGACAGAGGGGUGAAGUGCAGACAAUAAGCAAGAGUGUAAGAGGACAUGGAAACGAUUAAAGAAAUGGGACAGCGGAUUUCUGAGAGAGAUGAGAAAAGGGAAAAGAGAAAGGCGCAUGGUGGUGUUGAUGUGAAGAGGGAGGCAGAGAAGUAGAAAUAGGGAGAACGUACACAAUGCAUUUACCUAAACAUUCGUGUAGUUUUAACCUCGUACAAUUCAGAUUCAUAUUUUGCAUUUACAUUUUUGGCCGACGAGACGGUAAAUAGUCACUUCCUUUUAUUAUUAAAAAAUCCAUAUUUUUAUGUCAUAAUUCAUGCCACUUGACUGAUAUAGAAACGAAAGAGUGACCGUAGUUAGUUAUGGAAGGAUGGAACUUUUAGCAACCAUGUGGUAAGAGUAAAAGCUCUAAAUUAAAUGGAAAAUGUAAAUUUCUUCAGAGUAACAAAUAAAGCCUCCAGUAGGUGCACAGAACAAUGUCAAAUGACACCUACACAAUCACA